AUGGGGCUGUUCGGUGGUAAUCAGAUGCCCGUCGAGGGCAAGACAAUCCUCAUCACGGGCGCCUCAGAAGGAAUGGGCUUAUCCGUUGCCAAGAUUCUGUCUUUCAAGGGUGCCAACGUCGUCCUCGUCUCUCGCGGCGUCGAUAAGCUGAAAGACGCUCUUGAAAUCGUCAAAGCUGCCGCCAAAGACAAGAACAAGCAGCGCUUCCACUACAUCGCCGCCGAUGUUUCUGCGCCUUCCUACGCUGUUCCUCUUCUUGAAGAGGUCAAGCAGUGGAAUGAUGGCAAAUCCCCUGACAUCGUCUGGUGCAUUGCCGGAACCUCCACUCCGGAUCUGUUCAUCGACAUGGACAUGUCGUCGAUGCGUCACCAGAUGGACGUCAACUUUUAUGGAACGGCUGAGAUGUCCCAUGCCAUCCUCAGGGAAUGGCUAGCACCCGAAGCCCCUGUUGAGAAGGAACCCAAGCAUCUCAUCAUGACUGCCAGCGUCCUUGCGCUGUAUACUAUCCCCGGCUACGCACCUUAUUCCCCUUCCAAAUGGGCCAUGCGAGGCCUGGCCGAUACCAUCUCCCAAGAAGUCAUGAUGUACCCUCAGAACGUCAAAGUCCACGUCGUUUUCCCCGGAACGAUCCUCUCGCCCGGAUACUCACGCGAAAUCCUUACCACGCCAGAGAUUACCAAGAUCCUCGAGUCCAGUGAUCCUCAGCAGACUCCUGACGAGGUUGCCGAAGUUGCUAUCAAAGGACUGGAGAAUGGCAACUACUUUGUAACCGUGGCCUGGCUCGGUGCGCUCAUGAAGUGGGGAAUGAUGGGCGGUUCGUUCCGUAACAACUGGGUGGUUGAUACUGUCAUGUCAUGGUUGGUCUCCCUUAUCUGGAUAUUCGUGCAGCCUGAUCUUCAUGGAAAGAUUCGAAAAUACGGCAAGACGCACGGCCAUCCUAGCAAGGCCAAGCAGGAUCGCCAAGCAUAA